AUGACAGUUAGUAUUCAAGUCACAAGAAAAAUGAUCAUGCAGACCUCCCCCAAAGGGUUGUAUGCUGGGGGGAUGUUUGUUAGGGGCAAGAAGACGAAAACCAAGGGCAGUUUGUCUCCAAUGACACAGAGGGUUGUCACACAGUUGAGUGUGAUGUCGGCUGGGCGAAAACAACCAAAAAUGCUGAAACUAUCGAAGGAAGAUCUAGUGAAACACCAGUUGAUCCAGAAAAGUUGGGCUAUCUACAACGCCGAUUUGCGUGCGAAGAGAGACGCUGACUUGGAGAAACAGUACUGCUCGUUGCGCGAUGCAAUGGCCACUCUGCAAGAGAUCAGCCCAGAGCUGUACAAGAUCGCAAAUGCAGAUGAAUCCGACAGGAAGUUCCCAUUGGAAAUGAAGGUCCCUACCGACUACCCUCCAAACAAGGUGUGGCAAUACGAGUUUAGGUCCGGCAAGAACUGA